GAUCAACGGCUCAAAUCCCAUCCCACUGUCUCCUUCCUUCCCCCAUCACCUCUUCCCUCGCCUUAUAAAAAUCGUCAGAACCUCCAAUCUCUACCCACCGAAAACACUCAAAACCCUAACUUUCCCUCGAUUCCCUAACAUAAACCCGAAACCCCAUUAUCCCAACUUACCUAAUUCAAUGGCUCGUACAAAGCAAACAGCAAGAAAAUCCACGGGAGGAAAAGCCCCAAGGAAGCAGCUAGCCACCAAGGCAGCCAGGAAGUCAGCUCCAGCCACCGGAGGAGUGAAGAAGCCCCACCGUUUCAGGCCAGGAACAGUGGCGCUGAGAGAAAUCAGGAAGUACCAGAAGAGCACCGAGCUGUUGAUAAGGAAACUGCCAUUUCAAAGGCUGGUGAGGGAAAUAGCCCAAGAUUUCAAGACAGACUUGAGGUUCCAAAGCAGUGCCGUAGCAGCCCUUCAAGAGGCAGCAGAGGCAUACCUUGUCGGGUUGUUUGAGGAUACAAACUUGUGUGCUAUUCAUGCAAAGAGGGUCACCAUUAUGCCUAAAGAUAUCCAGUUAGCCCGUAGGAUUAGAGGAGAGAGGGCUUAGUGAAGUUGGAUCAUCAAUAUCUGCUGAGAUCCCUUUCGUUUAGCAGAUUGAGCAUUUUGGGCUUGCUUCAUUGUAAAUCUUUUCAGGAUUUAAUGGCAAAUUGCGAUGCAAUAUCUAUAAUCAAUGGAAUAUUUAUUUAUAAUCAA